AUGCACUUACCCGUUGACUCCGAUACAUCUGCAGAAAAGGAACUCCAAGGCAUCUUGUCCCAACAACUUCCACCCACACCAGGCGCCACCUCCAGCAGAAGCAGACGACAAUCCUACUCCUUCUCUCGCAAACCCACACCCGAACCAGCAAACGACGUACCUUUUGACUUUACUCGCUUUCAAGAACAACUAAAAGCAAAAACCGCUGAGCCUGUGGCCAAGUAUAUGCGUUCCUUUCUCAAUGAAUUCAAGAAGCGACAAUGGACGAAUACGGAGCAGCAAAAGAUUAUCGCCGAUUUCCUCGAAUUCAUCCGUGGUAAAAUGGCGGUGUAUGAGCCUUUCAAGAGUGCCUCUGAGCAAGAAUUCAAUAAUGCCAAUGAAGGCAUGGAGAAGCUUGUUGUGAAUCGACUGUAUGCCGAACUCUUCCCACCCCUCAUUGCUGCGAGAAUCGGUAAAAGCGGAGCAGAUCGACUCGGCCACGGCGAAGACCUCGAUCGCGACAAAAUCCUCACGAGCAAAAUACGCACAUAUAGCUGGAUCAAGGAAAGACACCUCGAUAUCCCAGCACCACCCAACCAAGACGACAAACGCAUCAACCUGCAUGAACGCUUCAUUGGUCUUGCUGCCAUUGAGAUUCUCAAACUCGAUCAAUAUCGUGCACCGAGGGAUAAGAUUAUUUGCAUCUUGAAUUGCUGUAAAGUGAUCUUUGGUCUAUUGAAGCACGCUGGUAGCGAUGCCUCUGCCGACCGUUUCAUUCCAUUCCUCAUCCUCACCUUGCUCCAUGCCAAUGUCCCCAAUCUGGUCUCUCACGUCAAUUUCAUCCAACGCUUCAGACAUCCCGAUAAACUCAACGGCGAAGCUGAAUACUACCUCUCCUCUCUCCUGGGUGCAAUUGCAUUCAUCGAAGACCUCGAUAAAUCAAGCCUCACCAUCUCUCAGGAAGACUUUGAUCAUCAAGUAGAAACGGCCAUUCGUCGCAUU